CCAGACCGCAUCUCACGAUCUCCAAAAAAUAAUUUAUAAGAAAUUUUGAAAAGGCUUCGAUGGAUGUCACACCUCACAAUUUCUGAAUAAUCAUCAACAAAUGGUCACUAAUCACCACACAUUAGACCGUAAUUUUAAACUGAGAAGUCCAAUCACAAGAUUAUACAAGGAACUAAACAAGAUGACAAAUCGGCUUCUUAAUAGUUAAAUAAUGAGACAAAUUCAACAUGUGGAUAUUUUAGAGCCUGUACUAAGAAAUAGAUUAAUAUUAUUAGCUUCUAUACCCUUAUAUAUAGUAAAUACAUCAUGCUGAACCGAAUAUAUUGCCAACUGAUAUUAUUUGAAAAAUUAAAAAAGUUUGUGCAUGUUUAAUGCCCAGCUUGUAAUGUCAAAUAACAGAACAGGUGAUAGUGUUUUAUCAUUUGUAUUAACCAAAUUUAAAAGUUCAGUGCAUAGUAUGUGAAUAUUAUUCAUGAUAAAUCAAAGUUUUAUGUUUGGCAAGAUUUUAUUUCCAACUUUGUCUAAUGGAUUUACUGAUCGAUUAUCCGAGUGAGAGGUACUUCAUAUUGCCAAAUGAGUCAGGAGAGUGUACAUUGAGAGAAGGCUCUGUAGUAGUGAAUAAUGUGUCUGAAGGGGAAGUCAUUGAUCAUCCACAAAUGCCCGAUGUCGGUCACCUCUCUCAUGAUAAUAAGUUACAGGCAGUUCUUUUGAUGAUGAAAAAGUAUCCAAUCGAGAGUGAAAUGAAGUUGAGCUAUUUUGUGUCAUCAAUUAAAUCUCUCCCCGAAGAACUGAUAGAUACAGAGUUUGAUGACAGUUUUAAAAAGAUGCUCAUAUCAUUGCCGGAGGAGCUUCCGAAGUUUGAGACCUUACAAUUAGAAUUGGUAGCCAAUCCGACAAAUGUGCCAACAAACUUGAUAGACCUGUUAUUCUGGAUGUUAGUAGGGUUGAGGAAUCCUCGCUUUAUCAAAAUUCCUGAGGAACACAUGGAGGACUUGCUGAGCUGCUUUACAGACAGUUCCCUUUGCCCAGAUCCAAUUUUUGCAUUUAAAGUGUGCUCUGAUCCACCGGUCCAACUGACAAAGUCACAGAUCUUGAAAAAGCAUUUCGGAUACAUCGGAUGCAACAACGGGGAUGUAUUCUCUCUACUGUAUUAUUGGAAAAGGUCCGGGACUAAGAGAUGCUUCAAUGACCAGUUAAUCCAUGCAUUGAAACAUUCAAAGGGGGACUACUGUUGGUCCAAAAGUCCCUUUGGAUCAGUUUACAAAACGGUUCUAGUGAUUGAAUAUUACCCUCACCCAGAUCUUAUGUUUGUUGGUGACAAACCAAGCCCACAAUUAAGCCUUUCCUUAAGGAUCCCAUCAUACGAGGCUCCGUGCUUCUUCCACAUUGGUUCAGCUGAUCUAGUAGAAAUAUCAUACGUAUUUAUUUAUAAGAAUACGCUCUUCAGGGAAAUCAUUGUGGAUUACUCGAUGGAAGUACUCGACUUUGGCACAAACCUUUUCUUUUGUAUGAUUUUCAUAUGUAUACUGGCCAGGACAAUUAGAAAUCUUGUUCACCUAUGAAAAUAAUCACUUUUGGAUAAUAAAAUCUUGAAGACAUAA